AUGGGUAAACUCACGACAAAGGACGUCCGCGCGUACGCGAGAGCCAUCGGGACGCGAUUGCGAAAGAUAACGUGCGAUUUGGGACAUAAAAUUUUGUAUGACCCGAUAAGGCGCGAUCCCACGGCCAAGUACGUCGACGUUUAUGACGAUAACGUGCAGGAUUUGGUGGAAACGUUGGCCAUCCCGCAACUUCACGUUCGGCGUCUGAAAUUGCAUAGCUCGGAUCCAGGGAGCGUUCGAGCGGCGGCGGUGGCGGCAGCAUCCAAUGGACCGAAUAAAGUGGAGUCGUUCGAUGCGAGCUGGAGCUUGAGAAUUUCAAACGAAGGCGCUCGCGCGGUUGCAGAGGUGCUUGCUCAAGGUUGGGAUUUGAAGCGUCUCGCGUUACGCAAAGUGAACAUCUCCGAUGACGGCGCGGUGAGCUUGGCUGAGGCCAUCAAGGCAUCGGCGGAAAGUGGCACAAGUAAACUUCGAUGGCUCGAUCUCGGAUCAAACGACGUACGAAGCCGAGGUGCGGUGGCAAUUGGCGAGGCGCUCGAGCAUCCGGGCGUGAAUAUUACUCGCUUGACGCUUCGGGGCAACGGCAUAUGCUCUGAGGGUAUGGAUGCACUCGGCAAAGGUAUCUCGAUGUCGAGCACGCUUCGUCGCAUUGAUCUUGCACACAACGGUUUCGGAGAUCGAGGUGCGAUCGCGUUCGCAGACGCGCUCUCGCGUGGCACGGCGCCGAAUCUCCGAGUCCUUCUUCUCGGCUUUAAUUCAAUCGGCCCGGAUGGUAUGCGUGCUUUGAUGCAAGCGUUGAUGCAUACGGACGUGGAGCACUUGGACGUGGGAUGUAACGUUAUUGGAGCGUCGGGUGCGAAAGCUAUCGCCGAAAUGAUCAACUCGACGCGUCUUAAAAGUCUCAAUCUUGCGUGCAACAACAUUGGCUUGCGAGGCGAGCGUUCGGGCCUCACUGCUUUGGCGAAGGCUUUGGAGAAGAACAAAACGCUCGAGAUUUUGAAUUUACGCGGAAAUGCGCUGCACACAAAUUGCGCUCAAGAUAUUGCGGACGUCUUGUUAGAAGAGACGGCGCUAAUUCAGCUCAACGUCGGAUACAACGAGCUGUACGACAAUGGCGCAUGGGAAAUCGCAGAGGCGCUCGAGGAAAACACCACGCUUCUUGGCUUGGAUUUUCAGCGCAACGAAGUCACUGACGCUGGCGCGAGUAACAUUGCCAAGACAUUGGCAGUAAAUUCUAUCAUUCAGGAAAUCGAUUUGCGAAGUAACAUGAUCAGCUCCGAGGGCGUCGCGAAACUUCAGCCGUACGGGUUGAAGACGAAUACUCGCUGGCAACUCGAGCCUCCGAAGUACAAGGAGAAGCCGAAACCGCGUUUUUCCGCUCGGAAGCCAAAGGCAAAUAAGUAG